AUGGCUGCCCCCACCGGCCGGGUCCACUCUCAGGAGACAGAGAGCUUUUGCCUUGAGCCAGGAGCAUCCGUGUCCCCUCUGUGCCUGCAGCGGUCAAUGAACUACAAGCCGCGGAACGCCAGGCACCGCCGGCCGCCGGCACCAGGGAUGGAUGUACUGGAAAAGAGAACAUGUUCUGAGUGGCCCGGCGGGCAUCGCGUCCGCUCCGGUAAGCGGGCCCUGCAGAUGCACGCGCGGGCGCCUCCCGCGCCGAACAUCACGCUGGCGGCUCCGCGGAGGGGCAUCGGCAGCCGGAAGGCCAGCGGGGCCCUCUGUCCACGCGGCUGGCUGCGCUGGGAAGAACUUGCCCGUGGCCUCCAGAGUGUGGUCGGCGACGGCCCGGACUCCCGCUUCGGCACCUGCAGGAUCCCACUCGGGCCGGAGCCGGAGCUGCGGGCAGCCAGCCCUGAGUGGGUGCUGGGCUCCCUGGAGCCCAGAACCGGGCCUCUGCCCCGUGCUGGCCGCACCCAGGGCGGCCCAGGGCUCUUUGCUCUGCAGUCCCUGGUGAGCUGGGACCCCCACGUCUACCGCACAGCGCGAAGGAGUUCCUGGUCUGCGCAAGGCCCGCAGCGCUGGCGGGGUGACAGUGCUGAACGGCUAAGGUCGUCCCUGCGGGUCUCGGGGAGGGUGGCCAGGGGAGAAAUCCUGCCAAGAGAUGCGGAGAACCCUGACCCCAGGCGCUGGAGCCCAACUUCCUGGGUGGAUGAGGGGCUGUGUGCGGCCUGCAUGGUCCACGGCCUCCCCAGGCCCUUCUUCAGCCAUGAGGGGCCCUGGUUGCCGGCUGCUGAGCCGGGCGGGCGGAGCGCUCUGGAGCGGUGCCGGUGGGCCCUGCGAGGCCUCGGGGCCGGUCCCGCCUGCCAGCCGCUCCGGGAUGAAGAGACUCAAGACCUUUCCUUUGUACCUAAAAGUGCGAUGAUGGGGGGUCGCUGCACCUGGGCCAGGCUGCUCCGAGCGCUUUCCAAGCAGCACCCCCUGCUCCACCGGCAGCCCCCAGGGCAGGCGCUGCUGCUCUGCACGUGGGCGAGUGGAGCUGAGCCUGUCACCUGCGCCGGGCCUGCCGAGGAGGGCUGGACUACCCGCCUUGAUCAGGGCCACCGCCGGUCUGCCCGGCCCCGUGUCUGCAGGGAACCUGCCCGCGCUGGUCACGGCUUGCCUUUCUCCUGCGGCCUCUCCUUUGUGGUCGGCGCAGGCACCGCCGAGCAGGCAGAGUAA